CUGAAUAGCAGAUUUAUUUUUAUGCGUAAAAUAUAAUAUUCUUACUGUGACUAUUUUGUUCAUACUUACAUCAAAAUUGGAUACUCCUCUUGUACACACAUCUUCAAAAUGGUAAUAUCAGUUUGGUUAAAGGAUGUCCUCCGGCCCUUAACGAAACUGGGACCGGCGGCGCAAGAAGUAGAGGCGUGGAGGGGGCAGCGGCAGGCACAGACAGGGGAGGGAGCCAGUCAAGCGAUGGGGUGCGCCAGCAGUGCUCCCCUGGUCCAGGGUGCCAUCGACGGCGCUAAGCAGAAGGCCAAGGACGCCGCGCAAGAGGCCAAGGCCAUAAAGGAUGAAGCCAUCGAGAAGACGAAAGAAGCUGGGGAAGCAGUUAAGGAGAAGGCUGGAGAAAUAGUAGAAGAGGUAGAAGAAAAAGUGGCAUCAGUUUUUAGCUCAGAAAAAAAAGCUGCUGAAGAGGCAGUUGAAAAUGCAAAGGAAGAAGCAAAAGCAGAAGUAGAAAAUACAACAGAAAAAGCUCUUGAAGAAGUAGAAAAAGCUAAAGAAGAUAUACAGAAAGCAGAAGAAGAAAUUAAAAAAACCAGUGACGCUGUUCUUGAGGACAUAGAGGAUGAGAGUGUAAAAAAGGAUUCGAGAGGAUCACCUAACAAUAGAGACAGGAUACAUUCACCAGAAAUUUGGACAAGGCCAGAUGACAGCUAUGAAAAAUUUCCUGCUUCAGAACUAGAGGACAUCAAGCAAGAGAUUGAAGAAGACUUGAAAGAAAUGGAAGCUGAUAUGGUAAAACAGGACAGUAAUGAUGAUGAAACAGAUAGCUUACAUGAAGCUGCUUCUAAUCUUAUAAAUGUCGUGGAAACAAUAGAUGAUACAUCAAGUAAGAUGUUAAAUGAAAUAAAUAUUCCAGAAGCAACUGAAAUAAAUGCUCCAAUAGAGACUGAAAUAAAUCCUUCUGCAAUGACUGAAACAAACUUUUUAAAAACAACGGAAAUGAAUGUCCCUACAGCAACUGAAAUAGUUGUUCCUGCACCAACAAAUAUAAGUAUCCCAACCGCAACAAACAUAAAUGUUCCCAUACCAACAGAAUUUAAUGGCCCAUCAAUUGAAAUUAAUAUUCCAGUAGUGGAUGAAAGCGAUUCUCUCACAACUGAAUUAGAUGUCCCAACAGCAAUGGAAAUAAAUGUCCCAACAGAAAUGGAAAUAAAUGUCCCAACAGCAAUGGAAAUAAAUGUUCCAACAGCAAUGGAAAUAAAAGCCCCAACAGCAAUGGAAAUAAAUGUCCCAACAGCAACUGAAACAAAUACUGUUGAAGCACUAGAUGAAUCACAGGAAUCUAAAGAAAUCAUUAAAAAUUCUGAUCAGACCAAAAAGGAAAAGGAGGAAGAAGACACUGCUAAACAUUCAAAUGAAAAUGAUGAAGAGAAUAACAAUGAAAACAAUGAAGCAAGUGAUGGUGUUGAAGCUGCCUAAACAAAGAUGAUAUCAAUGUACAUGUUGUUGUCCAGUAUCACUCUUGAUAUAUAAUUUUUGUAAAAAAUUAAAUAUAUGUAUUAUUUAUUUUAUUUUUUGUAAAAUACAACUCUAAAAUUAUUGUAGUGUAAAUGACAAUGAUGUAUAUUUUCCAUUGAGUAGCUUUAUUAGAAAAUAAUAAAAUAUAUCUCAUUUUCACAAUGCAAUAUUUAGCAGGCUUUUUCGAUAAUUAGCUAGACAAAAUCAAAAUUCUUGGCACACUCACUUUUUUCUUCUAUUUAUUUUAUUCAAAAUAGUAUUAUUGUACAGUUAUAUUGAGACUCCCUAGUUUAUCUUUUAUAAUUUUUUCACUGAUUUAUUACGAACAUAUAAUAUUUUUAUAUUUUUUAUAAUGUAGAAAAUCAAUAAAAUGUGUAGCAAAAACAAUUUUAUUUAAAUGGAAAUAACAAUCAUUACUUAUUAUUUUAAAGAUGACUUAUUGUUUCUAAUGGGCCAGAUAUUGCUACUACCUCAAUUUCCACUUUAGCUCCCUAUAAAAUAAAAGUAUAGAUGAAUUAAUAUAAUUUGGGAUGGAAGGUAAGUUUCUACUUGUAAAAAUUGUUAUUAAAAAAGUUAAUUUUUAUAAAAAUUUAAUGUUAAUAUAAAAAAUUAUUAAAAAUAAAGUGUUAAUUGACUCACCAAGGGAAGCUUUCCUACUUGGAAACAUGACCUUGCAGGGAAAGGCUCCUUAAAAUCUAUCAAAACAAAUUUAAAAUAAAUUAUUUCAAUUUAUUGGACAUUAAUGAUUCAAUUGACUGAUCGAAAAUCUUAAAAUACUUAACCAAAUAUGUAUAUUAUUAAUAUUUAUUAAAAAUAGAAGAAGAAAAAAAAAAACAAGAGUGCCUUGUUUAUUGGCACAAAUGAGAAAAAAACCACUACAGAAAAGAAUUAUCCAAUUAUAAACAGUAAAAUAUCAAAAGGUUUAAGAUUGAUAAUUGUGGAUUGAUCGUUGACUAUAGUGAAUAAUUGAAGAGAAGGAUGGUUGGGGUGAUCAGUCAAAAUACAAAGUAUUAAAAAUAAAUAAUUAUAUUUAUUUUUAUAUUUGCCGACGUUUCGGCCCGAAGUCCAUACCUUCAUCAGGGCUAAGAUAGAACCAGAUAACAAUAGGUAUGAGAAACUAUAAACAUUUAAUAUAAAAAGAAGGUUAAUAUUUGAUGUUUUUCCUCUAACCACAACAGAAAACUCUUUAAAGGGUCAAUCCAUUUGAAAUCACCCAAUUUGAAUUAAUUUUGUUGCUCGACAUUUUUGAUUUUUAUAAUUUUUUUUACCAGUUAUUCCAUAUUUAUUUGAUAGUUCAAAGCCGCAGUUAAAAAAAUUUAAGGCUUACAGUUUUUUAAUGGAUGGUCAUUUUUAAUUUUCUUUUCGACUAAAACAUGUUUUGGGAAAAUACCUGUAACUCUGGUUAUAUUGUAAAUAUCAAGCCAAAAUAAAAACUGAAAUAAUUUAGAUUAUUUUUUCUACAUUUCUGUUGAUCAAUUCAUUGCCUGAAAAGAAAGAAAAGUGGUUUAAAGAAAUCAUGAAAAUAGACAAAAAUGUGACUUUUUGGACUGCAAAAGUGUAAUGAAGAAAAGAGUCUCAACUUUAAUUUUUUCUUCAUAUGUUGACCUUCGAAGGUACUUCUUGCUGAUGAAAUUUCAAUCUUGAAAACCUUGUCCUUUUUUAAAUAUGAGUUGUCAAAAGUCAUUUUCGGCGAGAUUUGAAAUUGUAAACCAUAAAAGGGAGUUAGUGGAAAAUGAUGAAACUUAUAAAUUUUAUAACACUUUUUGAUAAGCACAUACGGAACAAAUUUAUUGUCUGAGACUUAAGCGGUUCCUGAGUUAUAUUGUAUCAAAUAUGACUGGAAAUCGCGUAAUUUAAAUGCUGACUUUAAACACUUUUAAAAAUCAUCGAUAGGGAUGUGUAAUAUUAUGUAUGUAAUACUCAGUCCAGUUUAUGAUAUUCAAAUUAAAAUCUCGUCAAAAAUGACAUGGCAGUUUUUGAAACUUCAUAUUUAAAAAAGGACAAGGUUUUCAAGAUUGAAAUUUCAUCAUCAAGUAGUACACUGAUAGGACUACAUAUGAAAAAAAAAUUGAAGUUGUAACUCUUUUCAUUAUUACAAUAUUGCUGCGCUAAAUGUCUUGUUUAAUGUUAAUUUUAAUUUUAUAGUUGUCAAAUUUUUUUAAAAACUUUACUAACUACUAAAGGAGAAAAAAAAUUAUAAAUUAUAGGAGAAAAAAAAAACUACUAGAGGUAAAAAAAUUCAGAGUAAAACAUCAACAUGUUCUGGGUGAUUUCAAAUGGAUUGACCUUAAACUGUUUUUUUUUUAAAUAUCCAUUUUGGGAUUGGAAAUAUUGUGAUUUCUAUUCACUAAAAAAAAAAUUCCCUAUUCAUCCUACUUAUGAAGUACGCAGAAUCACUUUGGGGAGGAUAACUCAGCUAUGCACCUUCUUUUCUGAACUCUUUAAUAAGAAAUUCCCUGGUUUCUUCUUUUUCACUUCUAUGCUCUGAGUUUUAAGUUGAUCUACAUUGCAUCAUUUGCAACAACUUUUCUGCUUAGUAAUCAUCUGGAAGACCAGGUUUUCAGGGAUUGAAUUCUACCCAAGGAUCUUUUCUGGCUAUUCCUUCAGUUUGAUAUAACUUUUGUAAACGAAGAAUCCAUGUUUUACUAUUUUAUUUCCAACCUAAUAAGGCAGGAUGAUGUUCUUUCUGGGGUUCAUCAAUAGAAUAAUCAGGGGUAGAGCACUUUAUUACAUUUAAAGUGCAUUUAAAGUUUAUUACAUUAGGUACAUCACAUAUAACUUCCAUGCUCGCCCAAGCUACACUGACCUAGUGUCCUCCUGUCCGAAACAGUGUUGCCAUAAUCCACUUUCCAAACACAUAUAAUAAUAGUGGAUUGUCUACAACACCCUCCCUCCUAAGGAGAGAGCCAAUAAUCACUUUACAUAUGUCUGUUCAGACGGUUAUAACCCUGAGGUAGGUCUUCAGCAUUUCCAUAUCUUAUAUACAAUUAGCUUACAAAAUAAUUACUUAAAUUAUUGACAUAACAUUCUAAAAUAUUAAUAACUUUUAUUAUAGGAAUAAACAGAGCACACAUUUGCAUUUAAAAAUAUAGAGAGUUAGACAUAGCUAUACUGAGUUAAACUUCAUGAAAGAGUUUUUAAAAGUCUGGUGUGAAACAGACUCCUCGUAUUACCACUAUUUGGAUCAUCUAUCAACAUUGGAUGUUUACCCAGCUGAUUUAUUAAUUUAAAGUUCAAGUUUCUAUUAUUUUUUAAAUAUUAUUAUCAGAAAUUAUAUUUAUAUUUUAAUUAUUUAAUCCAAUUUAAAUCAAGAAUUCACUCUGAGGUCCAUUACCUUCUGUUCAUAAAAUUUAUAAUUAGAAUCCUAAUCUUAGCUUUACCAACAACCUAAUUAUACUAUUUACAAAGAUAUAUACACAAUAUAUUUACAAGUUAUCCAGUUCGGGUAACCUAACAAUGUUUUCGCCAGGACCCUCUAGCUGGUCAACAGAAGGGAUGCUAAUUUAAAACCCUUUUUAAUCCUCUGGAAUAUGAUAAAGACUACCAUGUCUCACAUAAUAAGCGACCUGUCCUAACAUGAUCCAGGAUCAUAAAACCCAUAUUAUAGAAUGAGUAGGGUGAGUGGUAGUCCAUCACACUCAAAAUUAUACUUAAUAAGUCCUUGGAACAACUCUUCAUAUAAUCCUGUUCUUUUCUUACUCCAGUCAUUGAGUUUUCAAAACUCAUUUUUUAAAUGUAGAGUUGUCUUUCCUAGAAUCAAAGGCAUUUCUGGAUUAAAAGAUUUAUCAUACUUUUCUUUGCUUUUGGAAUAUGGAUUUUAUCCAUUUUUAUGUUCAUUCUGGAGUUCAUCAAUAGAAUAAAACUAUGAUCAGGGGAAGAGCACUUUAUUGCAAAUUAUUAACAUUAUGUACAUCACAUAUAGCUUCCAUGCUUACCCAAGCUACAAUGUCCUGGUGUCCUCCUGCCUGAAACAGUGUUGCCAUAAUCCAUUUUCCAAACACAUAUAAUAAUAGUGGAUAGUCCACAACAAUCAGCAUACAGUAUACCAUAUCUCUCUUUUUGUUAAUGCUACCCAUUGCACAUCCAGAUGUUCUAAUCUUCUUAGGUUAAUUGAAUCAGGCUCAUCUGUUAGGAGGUCAAUCAGAUGCAUGUCAGCAAUGGCAUAUAUUGCACCAUAAGAAAGAAAGCAGUUCAAAUGAUACAGGAAAUGCAUGGUGAGAGCCUUAAGUGUAAAUAACUGCACUCGAAAGGCAUUCAUCCAGAUUGGUGCAGCGUACAAGGGUGGUACUGACAACAUUAGCCUUCACUAUCUUAAGUAUGAGAUGGACAUAUACUACUCUGAGUACCAAGUAUUUUGCUCAAAUACUGAUCCUUUUUAAAUACCAAAAAUAUAUUUACAAAUUUAGUUGAUGAUAGACAAUCAAGGGAAGUAGUGAUUAAAUUCCUAACAGUGGUUAAAUUUGAGUAAAAUGCAAGUUACUUGGUACUCAAAUUAGUUUUUAUACCACACUUUUUAUCAUACUGUAGCCUGGCAUCAAUAUGUACACUCGCUAUAAGUACUGAUUAAGUUUUAUGACCAACAAGCUGGAGAUGAAAGCCACUGGUAAAUAGUAACACCAUUAUAGUAAUACAGAAUUGUAAUGCAAACUUCGUAUUAAUCUCUUCCAAUUUAGCAUGAACAAUCAUUGAAAGAUUGUCUGUAAAACCUUAUAUAAUAAUUCUGACAUAGAGAACCUAAGUAACAUAUUGUACAUCACAUUCCAUAGCAAGAGCUCUAAAACCCCAACUGUGAUUUUGCAGGUUAUCGGUUCAGGAUUUUAUUUCAGGACUUAAUCAGAAAAAUAAAUAAAAAUAGUCCUUAUGAGGUAAUGUGGAACUACCAUCCUUUACAAUCACACCUUGUUGAAUUAAAAUUUAUGUUUCAUCUAUAAUUUAAUGAGACAAUAAAUAAAAAUCAUGAAGUGUAUACUUACAUUUUUUGUAAACUUCGUUGACAGCUCCAAAAUCAUUUAUGUCAUCAAGAAAAACAGUACUUUUUAUUACUGAAACAAAGUAGCAAAUAAAGAACCAACU